GCUCGACGAGCGGGGGCGGAUUAAUGGGAGCUGCCGCUCCCCGGCGGAGGGAGCUAGUUAGGGCGGAGUGAUUUCAGCCGGGCAUCGGCAGGAGCAACUGACGAUGAUGGCGGCACUGGCGGCCACCCGGCGAGGCCCUCCGAUGUACUCGAAAAAUCUCACAUCAAAGAAAAAAGACGACUUUGAAGAUAUCUUGGAGGAGAGGCGGCAGUCCAGUGACCUCAGAUAUGCAAUGAAAUGCUACACUCCUGUAGUUUAUAAAGAACUUUCUCCCUGCAAGCCAAGUGCCAUUAAAGCUAUAGUUCUGCAAUCUGAACAAGUUCAGUAUGUCAUCAAACAGUUAUCAAAAGAGACAGGUGAAUCGCCUGACAUCAUACAAGAAGAAGCGGCAGAAAUUCUGGAUGAGAUGGGGCACAGCAUGCAUAUGGGAGCUAUACGUUUUUUUGCUUUUACACUGAGCAAACUAUUUAAAUGUCUUUUCACAAGCAUCUAUGUGAAUGAAGAUGGAAUGCAAAAAUUACAGCAGGCAAUACAAGAGCAUCCAGUUGUCCUGCUGCCCAGUCAUCGAAGCUACAUAGAUUUUCUGUUGUUAUCUUAUGUUCUGUACACCUAUGACUUGUCUUUGCCUGUCAUUGCUGCAGGAAUAGAUUUCCUAGGAAUGAAAAUUGUUGGUGAGCUAUUACGAAAAUCAGGUGCCUUUUUUAUGCGACGUACUUUUGGUGGGAACAAACUCUACUGGGCAGUGUUUGCUGAAUAUGUAAAAACUAUGUUAAAGAGUGGCCAUGCCCCUGUUGAGUUUUAUCUUGAAGGGACAAGAAGUCGGACUGCCAAGACUUUGACUCCAAAGUUUGGUCUCCUCAAUAUUGUGAUGGAGCCUUUCUUUAAAAGGGAGGUGUUUGACAUUUACCUUGUCCCAAUCAGUAUCAGUUAUGAGAGGGUACUGGAAGAAUCGCUUUAUGCACAUGAACUUUUAGGAGUCCCGAAACCAAAAGAAUCAACAUCGGGACUCUUGAAAGCCAGGAAAAUUCUGAAUGAAGAUUUUGGAAGCAUACAUAUGUUCUUUGGACAGCCUGUAUCACUCCGGACCUUAGCAGCUGGGAGAAUCAAUAUAUGUCCAUUUAACCUGGUUCCAAGGCAUAUUCCCCAAAAGCCAUCUGAGGAAAUCCAGGAAUUUGUCAGUAACGUAGCCUACAAAAUGGAGCUCCUUCAAAUAGAAAACAUGGUUCUGAGUCCAUGGGUAUUAAUUUCUGCUGUCCUGCUCCAGAACUUACCAGCCAUAGAUUUUGAGCUUCUGGUGGAAAAGACACUUUGGCUGAAAGGUUUAACUCAGGCAUUUGGAGGAUUCCUUGAUUGGCCUGAUCACCUGUGUGCCAACAAAGCGGUAAGAUCUGCCAUCGCUCUACAUUCCAACAUUACUAGCUUUGUCAAUGGGCAAGUGAUUCUCUGUGCCAGAGAAAUAGGACCUGGUGCUACAGAGGAGAUUGUCUUUAAACAAGCCCUCUCCAUACUCCAAUGUGGGUCCUACAGGAACCAAUUGCUUAAUGUCUUUGUGCGACCAGCACUUGUAGCACUCGCGUUGGAAAUGACACACUGUUCCAGAAAAGAGGAAGUCUAUAGCAAUUUUACUUUCUGGCUUGCUGUUUUUUCUGAUGAGUUUAUCUUCUUACCUGGAAUACCCCUGAAGGAUUUUGAAGAAGGUUGUUUCUUGCUUACAAAAUGUGAUGCAGUUCAAGUCACUCCCCAGCAAAUCUUUGUUACAGAGAAAGGAAGCACUAUCAUCUCUUUCUUGCUAGCAAUGUUCAGGCCUUUUGUGGAAGGUUACCAGAUAAUCUGCAAGUACCUUUCUAAGGAAACAAAUGACGCCUUUACUGAGAAGCAGUUUAUAUUUGGAGUCCGAAGCUUUGCUGCUAAGUUUCUUGAAACAGGAAGCACUCAGUGUUAUGAGGUCCUGUCUUCAGAUAUGCAGAAAAAUGCUUUGGCAAGUCUUGUGAGACUUGGCGUUGUAGCACGAAUGAAAACGACUGAUGGAUUCACUUACAGUGUAAGUAAAGAGGCUCUGAGUAAAACUGCAGGAAUGUUUGAAUCUAGGAUACAUGUACAAAAACUUGUGGCUGCAAGACUUUAAUCUUGAGUGGCUUGCCGUGUGCACAUUGCAACCGCGAAGAACUAUUGGAAGUAAGGCAGAUGAUGGACAGAAUGUUAUUGAAGACUGCACAAUACACUUCCCACCUUGAAAUGUUACUAGUGCAUAGUGAUGGAGAAAGAACUCUUGGAGCCAGAAUGUUUUCAUCACUUGAAUUUUAUCAGUAUCAGUGUUUAGGAUUAUUUGUACGCUGAUGUUCUCUUUAAUAAAUAUCACUCUUCUUCCUCCAUCUGCAGUUAAUAUUUGACAGACUUACACAGUAACAUCUGAAAUGUUUGUCAUAAUAAGGAAAUUAUUACUUUUAUAUGGUUAUUUUGUUGUGAAAAAAUGUAACUAAGAAUACAAUAUUAAAAGCAAUAUUUAAUGGAAAAAAACACUGGUUGUCAUUGUAUUUAUGAACAGUU